AUGACGGCAUUCGUGAUCCACCAUUACACCAUCAGUCAGGACGAGGCAGUCUUCCCCGAACCACAGAUCUUCAAACCUGAACGAUGGUUACGGGAUGGGAGGGAAAGGCCUCGCCCGUUCGGCUCCAUUCCGUUCGGGUUCGGGAUCAGAGGGUGUGUCGGUCGACGCAUCGCUGAACUAGAGAUGCACCUAGCUCUGGCGAGGAUAAUAAAGCAGUUUGAAGUGAAGCUGGAUGCCAGUGUCGGAGAGGUCAAAGCAGUCAAUCGCAUCGUCCUUGUUGCAGACAGACCUGUGAAUUUUCAUUUUCUGGAGCGAAAACACGUGUCCUGUUAAAGUCAUGAAGUCAUGUAUCCUGUAAACAAUGUUGAUGGUCUAAAUAUCUCUCAGACACUUUUGCCUCAUGCCUAUAAUGGCAUGCCUUUAUCAAACUUGCUCCAAAGCCACUAAGCUUGUCUGCCAAACCCCACACUAGUCAAAAAGCAUCUACUCUACAUUAGCAUGGCUUUCCAUUCAAUCUUAGAGUGUCUGUGGGGAUUUGUGCCCAUUCAGUUGAAAGAAAAUUAUAGGGUAGGGCAGUGCUG